ACUAAUCGAUAUUUUCUGUUGCAACCCAACUCUUAAUUGGGCGUUCUACGAUAAGUUUGAUUGCUUACUAGUGCCACCACUAUAUUUAAAAAAAAUCAUUAGAUUAUAAAUUAAUACAUGCAUAAAUAUAUAUAUGCCAAUUGAAUUCGGAUUAACAUAAUUUAGUGGAUUUAUGAUGGCUUCCACAUCAGACAACGGAUUAGUUCUAAGCGGAUACCAAAAGAAAUUGAAAACUAUGAAAAAGAAGUUUUUCGUAUUGUAUAAGGAAACAACGGAUAAAGCUGCACGUUUGGAAUAUUAUGAUACGGAAAAGAAGUUUUUGCAAAAAACAGAUCCAAAGCGGAUUAUCUAUCUGAAGAGUUGCUUUAACAUUAAUCGACGCAUCGAUACAAAACAUAAAUUUGUAUUGGCCCUGUCAUCCAGAGAAGGUGGCUUUGGAAUCGUUUUGAAUUCGGAGAAUGAGUUACGCAAAUGGUUGGAUAAUCUCUUAUCCAUACAAAGAGAUAAUGCAAAUAGAUCGGAUCAAGUCUAUACACCUUAUGAACAUGUUUGGCAAGUUAUUGUCCAAAGGAAGGGAAUGUCGGAAAAUGCGGGGAUCACUGGAAGCUAUCAUUGUUGCCUCACAUCAAAGUCCCUAACAUUUAUAUGCAUAGGACCUGAGAAGUUACCCAACGGAGAGGAUCGAAUUCUUAAAGUUGAGGUUCUUUUAACAACAAUUAGACGAUGUGGACACGCUUCCCCACAAAGCAUUUUUUAUAUGGAAUUAGGCCGCCAAAGUGUUUUGGGUUCUGGUGAACUGUGGAUGGAAACAGAGGAUGCUACAAUUGCAAAAAAUAUGCACGACAUGAUAUUAAACGCAAUGUCAGCCAAAACGGAGUCUAACAUGAACUUGCUAAACGUCUACAAAGGGAAAUCGGAAUUAAGUAAUGAACCAAUGAGGAAACGUUCAUCAUCAGCAACUGAGGCUUCCAAGCCAAUAAAUGUUUUACAAAAACGACACAAUACUAUUGAAACUAGAAAUAGUUUUUCUCCACAGUACAACAGCUAUGGAAGAGAACGGUGCGACAGUUUACCAACGCGAAAUCGAACACUAAGCGAAUGCAGCACCCAAACAUACAUUGCACUAAAACACGGCCAUCGAUGUAACACAAUAUCGGGUUCCCGGCCAUAUACAACCCAACAUACAAGACACAGUGAUAGCCCUCCAAUAACCACACCAAUGAAAUGCUCUGAAAGUGAAGAAUCUUCAAUAAGUAUCGAUGAAGCGGACGAUAAAGCCAUGAUUGAUGCGUAUCGAAUAAAUUCAAGAACUUCAAAGGGCGUAAUACUAGAGGAAAAUAUUGAUGAUUUAAAUGUUUCCGAUAACAGCAAAUUGUCUGGAAUCAAUGAAAAUAUUGAAAACUAUAUUUCUAUGACCCCAAUCAAAUCCACGUAUGAAAACAUAAAUGCCAAUCAUCUGAAUCACUGCAUAGGAUCAAACACCAUAUUGAGUGUUGCCGAUGAGCACUUGAAUUACGAUUUUCCCGAGCACUCAUCCGAAAAGCUUGGAAAAGACUCGGAUGUCGAUACCCAGUGCGAACGUCCAACGCGGGCUUAUUCAAUUGGAAAUAAAGUGGAGCACACAAAGAUGAACAAACUUCUUAAAAAUCUAAAUGAAGUAGAUAAUAGUUCAACGCGGGUACGAGCAUAUUCAGUUGGAUCCAAGUCAAAAAUACCUCGCUGCGAUAUUCAGCGUGGCGUUCUUUUCUCAAAAGCUAAAAAAGGCUUAGCCGAUAUUAAUCAAUGCACCGAAGUUGUUGGAUUUAACACUCCGCGGGCAAUUAAGUCAACAAGCGCUCCGCUUUUGAAUUUAAGACAUUAUAUAAACACUGAUCGAAUGAGUGAUUUAAUGGAAAUUGAUUUCUCCAAUGUCUCCACACCUUCCACGUCAUCGCAAGAGCAAAAAUCCUUUCAAAAUAUCCAAAUGUCUAAUCCUUCUAAUCCACAUUUAUCUUCAAAUGGAAAUAUCAUUUGCAAUACAUUAAAAAAUGAUUUGCAGAGGCAAGAUGAAUCACCGAAUAAACAUUCAAUAACAAAAUGUGUGGAAAGCUCGGACAAUGGAUAUUUGGAAAUGAAACCCGUUGGCAAAGCACCUUUAAAUUCCAAACAAACGAGCCUUGAGGAUCAGUUAAAAAAGUUACGGCUGCAAAAUACGUUACUAUCGCCACAGGAUGAACCUAUGGACAGUUGUAAUUCCAGCACUUUAGUAUCUGAAAAGAGUUCAAUUCAAAGCUUAAGCCCUGUCAAACCCAUUAGAAGAUUUACCGAGGAUAGAAAGGUCGAACCGAGGCCCGAUACUAGUACAGAUUUAGCAAAAACUACAAACUUGAAUAACACUGAGAAGUUGAAUAGUUCUCAGCAUAAAACUGAUAAAACUGACGAGAAUACCAAAUUGGAAAACAAUAAAAUAGAAAAUACAAUAUUAAAUAUUGCCUUAGAUAUAAGCAGCGCUGCCGCAGUCGGAAGAAAGUUGAUACAUUCAAUAAGUAAUGAAGACUAUACAAAACAUGUUAAUAAACCAUAUGAUGCAGCUGAUACUAAAGAAGUUGGUUACCAAAUUCUGCAGAUCAAAAGUGAUAGUUCCCUAAUUUCAAAAAAGAAAAAUCAAAGGCCAAUUUAUAAGCCACAUCAAUGUGGUCGACAAUUACUGGAAGGUGUAAAUAGUCCGGUUCUUGAAACAAAUAAGAGUCCCAAAUCCAAAUUGAUAUCGACAAAUCUUAAGGAUUCAGCAACAGAUGGUCCUUUAAACAAGGAUGAUAAGGAAUCAUCAGCGUCGGGAUCGUGUGAACAUGAACUGUAUUACGCUAGUUUAGAUCUUCCUCAGUGUAGCGGACAAAUCACCCCAAAAUGUCUUAAGAGCGCCACAUGUGAAUCUCCGCCAGUUGCAGUUUCUUUUGAAAAUCGAAAUUCUUAUGCUAAAAUUGAUUUUGACCAAUCUGAUUCAUCCUCUGCUUCAUCAAAAAUUUUUAAUGUUUAAAAUGUAACAAAAAUAUAUGAAUUUUUUCUUAAAAACAGAAA